AUGCCGACCAUCCAGAGGGCGAAUUUUCACACCACACGAUCACACAGACGAUUCGACAUAUAUACAGUGUACGUAAAUAAUAUAAGCAAGUUUUUGAAAUCUUUUUGGUCCAGUCGACGGCAGCUCGCGUCUUCCGCCACCUUUCCUCAACGGACACUAUUUCCACAAUAUCUUCCCUUGGAGCGUCAGCUGGAGGAGCGUUUGCUCUCUUGUCCGGUUGAUUCUGAAAUCGUGCGCGAUAUCGUGAGACAGCGCCCGUAUUUUGCGAUCUAUCGCGUGCCCUUCAUUUACUCACCCCCCUCAGAACAGGCCGAAUACUGUGUGACCACAAGGGGGACGGAAACGCGGUUGAACGCAAUGAACUUGAAUACCUUUCCGGGUCUCGGAGAAGACUUCCAAAACUCUGACCUCAGGAGUAAACUGCCGCUGAAUGGGGCAAAAAAAGUGAAAAUUCCAAAGAAGCGGCCAGAUGGUACCCAUGCCGAGAACCUCUGGGUUCAGGACGCUGUCUCCCCGUCAAUAGUAUACCCCAAAAAGAAUCCUCCUUCAGGUCCACCAGUUACACUGGAUGACAUUGUUGGGCUCGAUGUUGGACAACGGGUGCCACGGCUAAGUUCGCCUCGAUCUAUCAAGGCGUGCUUAGAGAUGGGCGUGGAUCCUGUUGAUCUCGAGAUGCCUGUGGUGGAUGAUUUUCAUGAUGAGAAGGUCGAUGCGGCAAUAUGGCUUCUCAAGUACGACCAUGCCCUAAAAAGGAGAGAGCAGAUAUUGUCCCAGCUUCAGACGAUGCGUGAGAAUUACUUGACAGAAGAUGUUCUGGAAGAAUAUCGUCCCUCAAUCGGUGCUCUCGCGAAGACAGAGUUGAACGAUGCUAAGAUAAGUGGUUCGAUGCAGAUGGCAUAUGGAAGUAAAACAAGCUUCGACGAGCACCAGCGACGUCUUGAAAGGGUGCUGGAGAGGAACUACCUCUCUGAAAUUCAAUCCAUCAAAGAGAACGAACGUAAAUAUGUUCCUCAAUACAAAGAGGAAAUGGAGCGCGAGCUGCGGAAAACGAGAGCGAGACAUGCAGCUCUUCAACAGAGGAAUCAGAAGGAGGAACAAUGGAGAAACAAGACCCGUGAUAUCCUUGACUGGCAGCAGGCGCGGAUUGAUGCCAAGAAAAUGGCUCAAGAUGAAGACGAUAAACGCUGGGAGCAUAUGAUGCAAGAGCGGAAAGAACAUUUCGAAAACACAAAGCGAGUUCUGUCAGAUGCAUAUCAGAAUAAAAUCAAUCGGGCGAGAGCGAUCGCUAACGACCGGCUGAAUACCAGAAUCAGAGGAAUCCUCGAUAGAGAGGAAAAGAGAACAUCCAAAAUGCGCGUCGUCGAAGAAGAAAGAGAGCGCAGGGCAAGUCAGGAUAGAUUCCAAAUGAGGCAGAAAGAAGAAGACAGAAUACGCGCUUACGAAUGUGCCAUGCAAACUCAAAAAAAUCGCGAGGAGCGUUUCCAAGCUGAAUAUGAAUCAUCCAUGCGCUUGUCAGAGGAAGUAAGAGCUGCAAAUGAGUUCCAUCGCCAGAUGAGACUUACCGAGCGCAAGUUGAUUUUCGAAGACCGCAAGAUGAAAUCCGAGAUGAAGCAGAACCAAGAUGCACUUUAUAGAUUCAAGCUCAAACAGAAAAUUGAUCGGGAAACAGCAAAGGUACAGUUUAUAAAAAGACUGAAAGAAGAUUUGAAAAGCAAAGCUGUGAAAUCUAACGUUGCUCAAGCCUUCAAGAAGGAACAACAAAGAGAACAAGCGCAAAAGAUGUUACACGCCUCAUAUCGCCAUGAGGCGACGCCGCAGAGCUUUACGAAAGGUUCAAAAGUAUACGGCCGACAUGGAACGGCCCGUCGUGAGUCGACCAGGAGCUCAUUGUUGGCCGAAAAUACCUCGCCUAACGCUUUCUAUGAACGGGGUAUAACGAAGUCAUCUGAAUGA